ACGAAAAUUCUCAUGUGCACGCCAUUCUUACCAGCGAUAACCUGCUCGAUGGCACCAUUGAAACGGCCGAUGAGCACUAUUAUGUAGAACCUGCGCAACGCUAUUCCCGCGAAUUGCGGGCAGCGGGUGUGCACAGCGUCAUUUACAAAGUAAGCGAUGUGCAAAUGCGCAAGACUGCUGCGGCAGAACAUUGUGCCAGCGAACGAUUGCGCCGUGAUAUGCUGCUAAGUGAUUUGAAGCGACGGAAAGCGGCCACGGCCAAAGCGGAAGUGCCAAAAUUGCUGGAGCGGCACAAACGUUGGCUGCCGGAUGAGUUGGCCACAUCCACUGAUGACCAUCAAAAUCCGCCGCUGCCAUUGGACUUGGAUGUCCCUUAUAAUGAUGAUUUCAGCAUAUUCGCGGGUGGGGGUACGCGUAAUCGAGAACGAGAACGAGAACGAGACGGGGAAGGGGAACGAGAAAGAGACAAUCGCGAUGCCGCAGAGAUCACUACAACGAAAACGGCUACUAACAAUAAUAACAAUAACAACUACGAUGACUACAACUACAAUAGGGAGCGGCAACGGCAAAAGUAUCAGCAAUCGACAACAACAACAACGUGGCGUAAUGCAGCUACAGUCGAACAAGAUGCAAGCGACAGAUAUGGCGAUUUGCUGCGAAAUAUAAACACGGCCAACAACAAUAACAUUAGUGGCACGAAUUCGUCCACCACUGGCGGUGGCAUACAGAAUCGCAACAUCAUUGUGAACAGUUAUAAUCCGGGCAACAGCAACAGCAACAGUAACACUAAUUACAACAACAAUAAUAGCAAUAAUAAUAAUAACAAUGGCUUACGCAAAACCUAUGCAAAGCACAAGAAUAUCAUUGUUAGCACCUACAAUAAUAAAAACAACAAUAAUAAUAACAAUAGCAAUAAUCGUUCGUACCCCUACGACUUUGUCAUAAAUGAUGGCAGCAGUAGUGCAAAUGGCAACUACAAUGACAACAACAACAACAACAAUCGCUUCGAUACGAGCAACUUUUUCAACGCCAAUUGGUCGACUAUGUUCACCAACAACAACAACAAUAACAACAAUGAUCGCCCCAGCCACAAGACGCACGUCGAAAUUAUAACAAAAAAUGGCGCCACCAAGAAACCCAACAUCAUUGUAAACAAUUAUAACCCAGAUAUAAUGCUAGUGCCAAAUCCACAGAGUCCACACUUCAACAGCAUGUUGAUGACAAAUUUAUUGAGUGGACGAGGACGCGAUGCCGCAUACGAGACAAAUUCCAUCGAUAGCGGCCGCUCGAUGUACGAUCGCAAAAUCACCUGUAUGCUAUAUCUACAAGCCGAUCAUACGUUCUUUCAGAAAAUGGGCUCCGAUGAGGCCAGCAUUGAAGCGAUUACGCGGCAUGUGCAGCGUGCCAAUUCGAUCUACAAGAAUACAGAUUUUAACAAUGAUGGCAAGCCAGACAAUAUAACAUUUAUGAUUAAGCGUAUCAAGGUGCACAAUAUGAAUGCGAUCAGGGAUCCAAGUUAUCGAUUUCCAGGCAAUUAUGGGGUAGAAAAGUUUCUGGAACUAUUUUCAGAGGAAGAUUACGAUGCUUUUUGUCUGGCAUACAUGUUUACAUAUCGAGACUUUGAGAUGGGUACCUUAGGCUUAGCUUGGACUGGUGACCUAAAAAAUGCCGGUGGAGUUUGUGAGAAAAAUGGACACUACCGCGGCUCUCUUAAGUCCCUAAACACUGGCAUUGUGACACUACUCAAUUAUGGUAAACAUGUUCCUCCGGCUGUAUCGCAUGUGACAUUGGCGCAUGAAAUUGGACAUAAUUUUGGUUCACCGGUAAGUUGAGCAACUAGAGAGAGCGAGAGAGUCAAGAAAAAAUGUGGAAAAAUUAACUCUUUCAGUACCAAAAUUAACCGUUGACGAAAAAAUCUGAAAAAAAAUUGUAAACGUGCUAAUUUUUGAAUCUUUGAUUUCAAAAAGACAAUUUUAUAUAACUCUUACAAAAAAUCGGUACUACUUUAGUCAAGGAUAUCACAUAUUAAUUUUGGUCCCGUUUGGAGUAGGUUAAGGCGCGUCGCACAGGGGGCAAAGUUCAGAUCACUCUAUGAAAACGUCUUAA